AUGUCUACUCGCUCUUUCAUUUCGGUCGGGCUCGUACUCGCUGCUCGCGCUCUAGCAUUUGACCCCAACUCUUCGGCCAACCUUGCGGUGUACUGGGGUCAGAACUCAUAUGGUGCCGCACACUCCGAUGAGGCGAACUGGCAACAGCGCCUGUCUUACUACUGCCAGGAUGACACCAUCGAUAUUAUCCCCAUCUCUAGCGUGACAAUCGCAUUCUCUACGGGCAACGUCCCUAGCAUCAACCUGGCCAACAUCUGCAAUGUCGCGGACUCACCAGUCUUUGAAGGCACGCAGAUGCCUGAUUGCUCUUUCCUCGCACCGGACAUCCAGGGUUGCCAGGCUGCGGGAAAGGCUCUUACGAUGUCGCUCGGCGGUGCAUCUGGAGGUGUCGUCUUAACCAGCAACGAUCAGGCGGAGACAUUUGCGCAAUCUAUCUGGGACAACUUCCUUGGUGGAACGAGCAACACGCGUCCCUUCGGCGACGCCGUUCUAGACGGCAUUGAUCUCGACAUUGAGGGCGGUUCUCCGCUCUACUGGGAUGUCUUCAUCACCAAGCUGCGCUCGCUCGCAGCCAGUGAUACCAGCAAGUCUUACUACGUCACUGCCGCCCCGCAAUGUCCCUUCCCGGAUGCAUGGCUUGGCACCGCGCUCAACGCCGUCGCAUUUGACGCGGUGUAUGUUCAGUUCUACAACAACGGAUACUGCAAUGUGGACCAGUACUCCGGCGGAGGAUUCACCUUCUCGCAGUGGGACAACUGGGCUAAGACGACAUCUCCUAACCCGAACGUGAAGAUCUUCAUUGGCGCACCUGCCUCUUCUACAGCUGCUAAUGCAGGCUACGUCGAUGCUGCCACGUUGGGCUCUAUUGUGGAAGAGACACGCUCGCAAUACUCGUCCUUCGGCGGCGUGAUGCUCUGGGAUGCCUCGCAAGCAUAUGCCAACAACCGCUACGACCAGGCUAUCAAGGCGUACCUCACUAACGGCGGUACAGUGGCAACCACCUCCGCGAAACCGGUCACUUCUACCACCAAGGCUGUUUCGACUACUGUCGUCGCAACCUCAUCCACGUCUCAGGCUGUCACCACCUCGACCACAUCUUCCGCGCCCGCGACAACCACGACAGCUGCAUCCGGUAGCUGCGGUCUCGUCGCAGCUUGGGUUGCCAACCUCGCCUACACGGCCGGUGAUCAGGUCACUUACGCCGGCUACCUCUGGACGGCCUCAUACUGGACAUACGCGGAUACUCCCGGAGGUGCUGCGGGCGUCUGGGUCCAGGACGGUCCAUGCGCUACCACGAAGGCGACACGUAUCCACCCUUCGCUCACCACUAUCCCGGUCGCAUCCGCGACGGGCGCUGGCGGUGUUGUUCCGACUGAGUCAUCAUCAAGCAAGCGCUCCGUGCUCUUCAAGCGCGAGCAGUUCUAA